GAAACCUUGAAGAAGGACAACGAGACCGCCGAGAAAGCUGCACCAGCUGAGUCGAAGCCUGAACCCUUGAAGAAGAAGGACAACAAGACCGCCGAGAAAGCUGCACCAGCUGAGUCGAAGCCUGCAGCUGUGGCUUUGCUGCUCAAGGGGGAACCCUUGAAGAAGAAGGACAACAAGACCGCCGAGAAAGCUGCACCAGCUGAGUCGAAGCCUGCAGCUGAAACUUUGAAGAAGGACAACAAGACCGCCGAGAAAGCUGCAGUUGCUGAGUCGAAGCCUGCAGCUGAAACUUUGAAGAAGGACAACAAGACCGCCGAGAAAGCUGCAGUUGCUGAUUCGAAGCCUGCAGCUGAACCCUUGAAGAAGAAGGACAACAAGACCGCCGAGAAAGCUGCACCAGCUGAGUCGAAGCCUGCAGCUGUGGCUUUGCUGCUCAAGGGGGAACCCUUGAAGAAGAAGGACAACAAGACCGCCGAGAAAGCUGCAGUUGCUGAGUCGAAGCCUGCAGCUGUGGCUUUGCUGCUCAAGGGGGAAACCUUGAAGAAGGACAACAAGACCGCCGAGAAAGCUGCAGUUGCUGAGUCGAAGCCUGCAGCUGUAUCUUUCCUGCUCUAG